CGCAUGUCAAUAAAAAUACCUUUCUGGAGACAAGAGGAAGAAGUGGAUAUAGUUUAUGAGAAGAAGUGUUCAGGUGCUCUGCUGCUUUCGGUGCCCACAGUUAGCAUGUAAGUUUCGGUCACAUGAUGCCCAGCCUGAGCAGACACGCACGAGCUGCCGGGAAACACACCACACCGGAGGAUUUUAUAAAAGCUGAGGUUGAGUUUAAACUGAAAGCGAAGAAGGAGACAGAGGUGCUGUUAACAUGCUGAAGUUAAAGCCAAAGUUUGACCUGCACAGAGAUGUGGUGUGUGACAUCCUCAGGAAGGAGGCGUCGGUCUGCAGGGUGAAAGAAUACUCUGGAGCAGUGGACACUCGUAUCCUGAACAUUGAGAGGGAUGGGGGCAUCCUUUAUUCCUGGAAGGGAGCAACAGGGACUACUAGGAUUGGGAAAUAUGACUCCAACUCCAAACAGAAUAAGCUCCUGUACACAUUUGACAAGCAGGUGUGUGUCAGCAGCUGUUCCCUGAACAAGGAGGAGACACUGUUAGCUGUCAGCUUGGCACAAAACACCACAGGAGAGGAGCGCCUCAAACCAAUAUCCAAGUGUCUAACCCUCCUGAUUGAGAUCCAUCCCAUAAACAACACUAAAGUCCUCAAGGCAGUAGACUGCAGGGUCAAAGUGCAGUUCCUCCAUUCAGAAAGUGACAGGAGAUCAGUGCUGGAGAGCCACCUGCUGCUGCUGACUGAGGAUGGAUAUGUGGAUCUUUACCACGUUGUGCUGACGAAACAGGAGGGUUACCGAGUGGUGAUGGCGAAUCCAGAGCGUUUGUCCAAAACCGCAGAGAGAAUAGUGGAGGACUUCUGCUGGGUCCAGUGGGACAGACACACACAAAGAAUCUACUAUCUCACUCACAGUGCAACACACAUACAGGAAAAGUUCCUGCUGCGAUGCGUUCAGUUUUACGUCAACCAUAACUGCGAAAUUGUGUUGGAGCUUCCUUUAAAGUUGCCUGCCAAUCUUUUCCGCACAGUCAAGUUUGUAAAUCUGGGUUUUGACCAUUAUCACAUGGAGAGACCAGACAAGGAGCUCAUUAGGAUGGAAGUGUUCACAAACAGCAUAGAAAGAAGCAUGUGUGUGUGCUACAGCCAGCCUCUUAAAGACAAACAGGAACUGAUGUACACUGUGCUUUUGGUCCACAAAGACUGCAGCAAGAUGCACAGAGUGUCGCUGGACAGCGACCAGUCGCCACAAAACCCUGCACAGCUGCAUCCACUCUUCAUCCCUCUAGGUUAUCACAUCCUGGUGUAUCUGCAGGACUGUUUCCUCCAUUGUAUCAACACUAGGCAGGAGGAGAUGCUCUGUCACUCCCUCUUUCUCUCAGGUCUCGACGCAGACUUGGGCCUGCAGUGUCAGUCGGCUAACAUCACGGUGUUGCAUGCAGAACAAGAGUCCAGUGGUAGUUUUUUAGACCUGGCCAGCGGGAGGAUCCACACCGCUGAGCUCAGCCCUGCCUUCCUGCUGCGGAUUCUGCGAUCAGACACUCCCUCUAGGUGUUCCAGCAGUAAGACUGACCCUCAGCGCCUGGCCGCCCUCCACUACCUGCUGGUUUACAUGGGAAACGACCCAAACCUGGAGCUGAAGAUCAUCGAAUGGCUGUGUGACAACGUGAACGCCUUCGAAUCCUUUGAUCAGAUCCAGGAGUUCAUUCUAGCCUCUUUAUACAGAAUAAGCUAUGAGAAGUCUCUCAGCCUGGAUAAAGUCCUGCCUUACUCUUCAGUACUCGACAAGAAGGAGAUACACGGGUGUCUGUUGGAGGUCCCUGGUGUGUUGUGUACCACUGAGCUGCACAUUGAAGCUGUGUUCAAAGGCAAGGCCAGAAGUCUCCAGGGUUUCUGGUCAGAGCUGCAGUGGAACACAGAGAGGUCAGAAUGUUUGGACGCCAGUCCCAACCCCAGAUACAGAACCUCACUCAUACAGGCCGACUGGGAUAAACUGAGGUCCGAGAGGAGACCAUCCAGCACCAUGACUCACAUGGAGGAGAACACAAAGAAGGUUCUAUCAAUGGUGGACACCUGGUGUCUUGAUAAGAAGCUGGUGCCACUUUUCCAGGAGGAGGACCAUCAACAGAGGGCGCUCAUAGGGCUGACGGUUGACAAGCUUCGAGAGCAUCUCAACAGACACUUGCCUCGACUGGGGAAGAAGAAGAUUGACUCGCUGGUCGUCAACUACGUCGCCAAACUGCUGGAGCUCAUCAGACACAUGCUGGAAUCAGUCUGGCUGAAAUACAAACUUGGCCCUCGUGUUUUGUGCUUCACACAGCAGGGCAGUCCGGCCGAGUGGUCCGUGUUUCACUUCAUGUUUCGAAUCCUGGAAGCCACGAGGAGCCUCUGCCUCCCCCUUCCACCUGGCUAUCACACCCUGUUAGCGGUGUUUGCUGUGCGGUGCCUCCCUCAUCACACCUUUCUACAGUACAUUGACCACGGCUUCCUGCAGCUCACUGAAACCUUUGUGUCUCGGCUCAUGACAGAUUUGGACAACAGUGAUGUCAGCGAGAGACUGAAGUUCAGCAUACUUAAGAGACUCCCUGAGCCUAUGGAGCAGAGGAUCUACCAUAUGUGGGACCAUCCUGUCAGUUCAGCUUCGAUCUCCAGAGAUUAUGUCAGAACGCUGCUGGAGAGACACAACAAAAAUAAGGGAUUUGCAUUCACCGGCAGAGACAAGCCCGCCUUCAGACCUGAGUUUCUGCCGCUUACCUACCUGGCAAAAAUACUCUCUGAUAUAGAGGAACAAGCUCUGAACCCUUUCGAGGAGCAGGAGAACGUGGACGCCAGGUUCGUGGAGGAGACGGCUCUGAAACAGACACUGAUACUGCUGGGCUUUGAGGAAAAAUGAGGGAUGUGGAGUGGGCGGGCGGGGUGGAUAGAUUGAGGGAGAAACAGAUGAGGGGGGAAAUGUGUUUGAGAGAACAGUCAUCAUUGACUGGGCCUUGAGGAUAAGUAACGGAUGGAUGGAUGAUGGAGGGACGGAGGGCGAGAAGUGAAAGAUGAAUGGAGAGAUUGAAAGGCAGGGGGCUCAUAAACAAGCUCUCACUGUCUGAUGACAGAUUAAGGUGGGGCGGGAGGAGAGAUGGAUGGAGACGCACAGAAAAGAAAGAUGGAGGGGAGAACACGAGGCGAAAAGUCACCCUGUUUUUCCUCGGAAACACUGAGGAGUGCGAGGGUCUGUGCCAAAGAUGAUAACAUGAUAGGGAGCACAGUUAGAUCUUCAGUUAGUGGCUUAAUUCAAUUUGGGGAAACAUGCUUUUCAAUUUUUUAUUGAAAAUCAAUAACUGCAGGCAGCUAUUUAUCUGGACUCAAUUUCUGUGGUGGCAACAAUUCUCUCCACAACUUCCAUUUUCUCUCGAAACAAUUUAUGAACAUUGAUGUCAAGUAUAAAUCACAUGCUUGUUUUAUCCUUCUGUGCUUCCUGUAAUUCUGCCGCACCCCAUCAACUUGAUUACAUGCUGACAAAAGGCUUUGCGGACAGAGCGGCUGGAUAUGGUCAGUCCAUUCAUUCUGAUAUUAUACACAAUCUUUGCUGCUGAAAGGGGCUUAGGUGAGACAACCCGGCCAACCUGAUCGUCAGAUGGUAUUGUACGUUUCUGCGAUCCACAGAUACGUCACAUUCGUCUGUUAUUAUGUUGUGGAUACAUUGAAACUUUACAUUUCUUUACAUUUCAUCAGUGCUACAGUAAAUAUGUGGUCAGGUUUAGGCACAAAAACCACUUAGUUAUGGUUAGGAAAAGAUUGUGUUUUGCCUAAAAUACCUACAUUGUACCAGGGCUGAAAACAAAGCAACAAGUCGCUAAGAAACACCCACAUUCGGUGGCUAAAAAGCCGCUGGAAAACAACCAAUAUUAAUGAUUGUUGGCCUUCCAACUUGUGACAUUACUUUAAAAACAUUGAUGUAAGUAUGAAACAGACAAAUGUGACAUAUCAGACACGUACAACGCCAACAUGUUCUUCAAGCGACUGUGCUAACCUGGCAGAUUUAAAGUCAUAUAAACCCAACCAGAUGCUAAACAUUUGAGAACAGGAACACGUCUGAAAUAUGUAGGAAAUUCCCUGUUUGCUGCUGUAAGGACAAUAAGGGCUGUGUGUCAUUCACACACUGUAAGAAGUGGACAAAACCAUUGUGACGUCACUGUUUUUAAAGCCUCUAGUUUGGCAUUUUGGCAGUCACCAUUUUGCUUUUUUUGGAGCCAGAGGUGACCACGUGUGGAUGAUGGAUGGAUGGAUGGAUGGAUGGAUGGAUGGAUGGAUGGAUCUGGCUGAGAAUCUCAAGGCCAUUAAAUGAAAGCUGUGACACAGUGUCAUGUCACGUCGUAUCAUUGCGGUAAAGGCUGGUCUUCACUUGCUGAAAGGCUCAGUAGCCUGUAUGUUAUCAUAGAACAUCGUAUUGAUUGAUUAGUUUCACUGAGGCGUGCAGAGUUGGCUUUGGUUCGGAAAAAAAUUCAUACAAAAUAUGCAGCAUGUGUACGGCUCCUUAAGGAGCACAACCAAAGAGCACCUGAGCAGACACCUUCCCUUUAUUUCUGGCAUCUGCUGUAGCCCUACAACACUGCAGCCCUCUUGACACUGCACGUGUCGUGCUCCAUAGGGUCAAAGACCAUGUCCAGGUCUUCAUUAAAUAGCCUUGAGGACCCGUGGUAGCCACGCCUUAAAGCAUCCUCCGCUUUAUUGUCUGUUUUACUCUAAAUGGGACCAUAAUUCACGAAAGGAGCAUCAAACUGUAUCGCAGAAGACUUAAAAGUAGCGAUUAAGACCAUUAACUCAUUAGGAAAAGGACUUGCAGACUUGUAUACAAACAAGUGUCUUUAUUGCAACCAGUGGAGCUGCCCCCUGCUGGCCAUUAGAAAGAAUGCAGGUUUGAGGCACUUUGCAUCAUUAAUUUUGAGAAAUAUAAAUAUGCUUUUCUACAAAACCCUCAAAAUUCAGUUAGUUACCUGAGAGGAAAACAGCAAAAUUCAAUAACUUUAUAUUUACUUUAUUUAUGCAGCACAUGGCAAAAUCAGUCAAAAUUCUUUACAACCCAUCAAAUCAAACGGGUCAGUACAAGGUUAAGGAAAAGGCUCUGUCCUCGCACACACUCAAACGUCUGGUUUGAAUAACAUGCUCACGUGCCCUCAAUCAUGACUGAGCUCUUACUGUAAGUGGAGAGAUACUUUGGUAGUGAAGUUUGUGUUUGUGAGUGUGUGUGUGUGUGUGUGUGUGUGUGUGUGUGGCAUGUGUUUAUAAUCCCUUUGUAGUGUCUGAAUGUUGGCACCAUCUGAGACUAAAUACCAGAGACUAUUUACGUCUCAUGUCGCACUUUGAUUUGAGAAAUUACAAAACAUUCCUCUGAAAAAUAAAGGGAUUUCAUAAUCACUCGUGUUCCUUAUGUUUACACCAUAAAGUUUUGUACGAUGGAUUCUAAAUAAAGAGAUUUUUUUUCAAA